CAAUCGCAUUGGGCGGGAGCAAACUGCGAAGCCGGAGCAGAAAGUAGGGGCAGUGGCUUAGAACAUAAUCGCUCGCUCUUCGUUCGAACCAGUCGGAUCUGCGACUUACUCUGCGUUCUUGCCGCCGCACAUAUCUCCCCCCUCGUGGUGGCAAAGCGGCCCUUUUCGAAUUCGGAAAGAGGUAGCGGACAAGAGUGUAUUGUUUUUCUUGGCUCCAUGGAGGGUAGCAGUGGCGAAGGAAGCACCUCACCUUCGGCGGACAUGCCCUCCCCUUCCUCCCCUCAAAACUCCCCCAACCCUGAUUCUAGCGUGAUGGUCAGCGAUUGCAUCACAUCGGUCUCCAACGGGGGCGGACUCAUGUGCGGGCCGCCGAUGGUCAGCUUGAGUCCCAAGACCAUCAACAAUCCCGUGGUCAGCAUGCACGGUAUGGGGGUUUCAAGCCCCAGUUAUCAACAAAGGACUUCUUCAGCAUCUCCACCUCAGAUGGUGUCCAAGCCCUACACACCACCCAUGUCGACCGCAGGUGCUAUGAAUGCUCUUGUGGUAAAGCAACCUCAAUUGGAACACAUGCCGGCCCACAUGGGAAUGUUGGCCAUGAGGAACGGUGGAGUGCACCACCAUGGCUACCUAGGCGCUCCGCCCCGGCUUGAGCGUCCCAUGCACCCCAUUUCACCCCCCGGUAUCACGACGGACGCUACCGCAAAUGAUUGUAGACUUAUAGACUACCGGGGCGCUAAAGUGGCUGCCUUUUUAGUCAAUGGGGACUACCUUCUCUGUUUACCUCAAGCAUUCGAACUGUUCCUAAAGCAUUUAGUGGGGGGUCUGCACACCGUCUACACCAAGCUGAAGCGACUGGACAUUACCCCUAUCGUCUGCAAUGUGGAACAGGUGCGCAUUUUGAGGGGUCUGGGUGCCAUUCAACCAGGUGUCAACAGAUGCAAAUUACUCUCUUGUAAAGACUUUGACACACUUUAUAAAGACUGCACGACAGCGAGGCCCGGGAGGCCACCGAAGCGAGCAACGAUGGUUGGCAUAAAUCAUAAUGGAACCAAUCCCAGUAUGCUUCUGAAAAAAUCAAGAAUGGACGGUGAAUACCCUGGGUACGAAAAUGGGCACAUAGGUGAUAGAGUUGACAAGUCGCAUCUAUUAGCCAAUGGUUACAGUCAUCAUGUAGCUGCGGCGCAGGCCGCUGUAGCUGCAGCCACGGGCGGCGCCCCACCUCACCUCAACCCCCUUCCUUUUAUGGCUCUAAAUCAUGCCGCGGCUGCUGCGGCUCAUCACAACUCUAUGUUAUCCGGUACACUGCCUCUGGCGGCUACAGGGGCGCACCCGAGUUCCGCCCAGGGUCUAAACUCUUCAUCACAUGGUCACCUUAACUCAUCUUCAUCCUCAGGAAGAGGACCAGAGUCCUCAUCAGUCAUCAAAGAAAGAACUUCACAUAACAAUGACGUCAUCAACUCAACGAGGUUACGAGACGACAGGGGAGAUAUUGUUGAUUCCAAAGAUAGACUCUAUGGUUAUGACAACCAUAGAAUGAAAGAUCAAGCAUUUCUAAACGGCUACUUCUGGCUUCUUGCAGGGGCACAGGCUAAUGGCCACAGUCCCGUCCUCAACCUGAGUCAACAUUCGAGCAGACCAUCUAAUAGUAGCAACAAUAACCCCAUCACAAAUGGUCCAGGCAGUGGAGGUGGUGGCACUGGUGGCGAACAUAGUGGAAGUGAAAACGAUGGACCAGAUGAUGACAAUGACAGCGUUGACUGUGACGACGAUGACAGUGAGAGAGAUGUUAGUGACAAUCCUGAUGUAAGUAGUACAGCAAAUACAGACAGACUUACAUCGAGUCAACAGCAACUAGGUUACCCUGCCAUGGGUGGAGACCUAAGCCUCCUACAAGCCCAGGCUGCCUCCUCAAUGGAAACUCUCCUCAGGUACAUACAAGGCCUUCUAAAAGUUGCCGCAGACAAUGCAAAGCAACAAGAAAGACAGAUCAGUUUAGAAAAAGCUGAACUGAAGAUGGAACUUUUAAGGGAGAGAGAAGUUCGAGAAGGUAUAGAAAAGCAACUGAUGGACGAACAGAGGACGAGAAUUUUAUAUCAAAAACGAUUGAAAAAGGAAAAACGAACUCGAAGGAGGGUUCAAGAGCAACUUGAAGCAGAAGUCAAAAAGCGAGCACAAUACGAAGAAGCACUAAGAAGUAACUCUGCGGAAACGCUUCGUCUACUGAACGAAUCCCUUGCUCAGGAGCUGGAACGGAACGCCAGAGCGGAAGCAGAACACAAAAUGCAAGAUUGCCCGAUGUCUGUGUAGAUACAAAAAAAAAACGUGUGCAAGCAUCAUCAUAAUCAUCUUGUGGCCGGUGCCGGUACUGUGCCAUUCAGUGGAAUCUGUUACCACAGACUAAGUUAAAGAAGGAAAAAAAUGGAGAAUGUCAGAAAACUUUAAGUUCGUAGAAAAAUGUCUCAACAUGAUCUACGCAACAACUGUAUUUUCAUCUCCAAAAUAAAAAAACAAAAUUAUGUGCAUAUCGUUAACAGAAAUGAGUGCAAAACAUGGACUGCUUAGCACUCUUUCUGGAUGAGAAAGAUUAAAUAUUAAGAACGGUAGUGAACCAAAUCAAAAUAAACUAAAGUAACGAAAAAAACUGUUUGUGCUUUCAUAAUAUUGAUGAUUAUUCUUCACUGACUGAAUAUGACAUCUACUGAGUCACAAUAAUUCUGUAACAUACGACUCCAUGAUUGGUCACUUACCGUUUGUUGGAAAGUUAAUUGCGUUGUGCUUCUCAAUGAUAGACAGAUCACUUUUAGGGAGUUAAACAUUCUGCUCACCGGACUACCCUCUCAUUAUUAGUGUGAAAAGAAACUGUUAUUAUUAUUAUUAUUAUCAUUAUUAUUAUUAUUAUUAUUGCUUGAUCACUAUCCAGUUUGACGUAAUCACAUUUCAACCGUUGUUGUAGCAAUGCAUUAGUGAUCCCAGAUGGAAGAGAUGGUAUGGAGAAUUUUGUUGACGACAAACAGUUUGAUACAUAUUUUAAAUUGCACUAAUUUAAUACCAUUAAAAAGUGUGAAAUAGAAAAAUAAUUUUAAAAUCUACUUUUUAGUUUGCUAUAUAUUUUUUUUUAAAAAUUGUAAUGGUUUAAUUAAAAUCAGAAUAAAAAUUCUCAUUGUAGAAUUCUUCAUACAAAACAGAUUAAAAAUCAGUUCGUUAAAAAAUGAAUUAUUAUUGCUCUUUGUCUUAACUAAUUUAAUGGUUGCUAUGAGUAGCCAUGCAAAAGCCUUACUCAAUCACAUGAUAAGCUAACUAUUAAUAGGAAUCAAGAUUCCUAGAAUCACUGUUCCAAAAUCUCGAUGAGAAAAUUUAAUAUUAUUUACUACCCCCUUUAGUACUCAAUUAUCAAAUUAUGUAUGUAUAAAAGCAGAUCGUUGAUGAGAUUAUAGAUAAUAUUUCUGUACACUUCUUUCAAAACUUCGAGCUACGCUUUGAACUUGAAACCCAGUUUGAUUCGAAACCUAAAUUCCGAAAAUAAAUGUUUUUAAAUUUUUUUGAACGAUACUGAUAAAAAAAACCCAGCUCCUUUCAAUCUUUUACUAAAUAUUAAAAACUUUUACGAUAGUUAAAGUACCUGGCUGAGAUAUUUUUGUGUAAAAUCUGGAUUAGAUAGUAAACGACUCACUAAAUUGCCAAAAUUGUCAAAAUACAUCUAAUUAUUUUUAUCUUAUGAAAGAUAACAACUGAAAAAUUAUCUAUAAAUAUCUGAGAUGGCAUCACUUGAAUGUACAUAAUCAUCAUUCAUCAAUUGAUCAAUAUUAAUCAAUUUGUUGCCGAGUAAAAGUCGAUAAUACAUUAUUACUAUUAGCAACCGAAGAUUCAAUCAAUUGAUGAAUUGCCAAAGUUUAAAUGAUCUAGUUCAGCCUGAUAGGUUGGUAAUAUUUCUAAUGACUUUAAAACUAAAUUGAGAACCUAUGUCUAAAAUUGAAGCAGACUACAUUUACUCUUGUUUCAUCAGCAAUAUUUCAUUACAUGAAUACAAUAAUCAUUUACUAUAUUAUUGUAAAUAAGUAUCAAGAUUAUGCAGCAAUUAUAUUAUUGUAAAUAACUAUCUCACUAACUCUUUACAAAGGGAUCACUAAACUUGUUAGAUGAAUAAAAUAUGUUUGAACCAUAAAUUAAAUAAUGAAAAAAAAAUCAAGAAAAAGUGAACAGCUCCGCACAGAACCCAACUGCCUCGUGUGUUUUUAUGUUAUCAUUUUAUGUUCAUAUUUGUAGUUAAUGCUCAAAUGUUUUUGUCACUUCUUUUAUCCUGUAGUGUUAAAAAUAACAGUAUUGUUAUGCUUACCACCCCAUAUCAACAAUGUAUCUCAUUAAAGUUAUUUGCAGCUGUGA